AUGCGGAAACGUGCUUUUGCCCAAGUACAACAGGAAGAUGAGGGUUCAGGGCCGACGCCGGACCAGGUGCUUGCAGGCCAGCAGCUACGAAUGUUCUUGCUUGAUAGGUUUUGCACGGGAUCCUUACCUGGAUCGGAUGUGGCAGAAUUGUGUCACUAUGUGACACGAGCUGGAGGUACUGGUGUGGCUACUUGGGCCCUGAAUCCCGAGCAAGCCGCUCGUCACGGGUUUGAGCAUAUCAAAUUACACGCUGGAAAAGAAUAUCCUGAACCGGAUCUUGACUACGUGACUGUGCCUUUGUUCGAGAAACGGCAGUCUCGACGAGUGGCAGAAAAAGUGCCCAUCAUGCUUCCUUCGACACUCUUUAGAAAGUUCGUGGAGGUGCCCUCGGCACAAAGCAAGGACGAAAUCAACUUCCGAAAGAUGCUUCAGAAAUUGCCCUGCUACGACAAUCACCCUGUUGUUCAAAGGGCCCGAGCUGCUGGAAACACGGAACUUGUCCGGCCCAUCGCUCUUUACUGGGAUGGGGUCCGCUACUCGGUGCACGAUUCUUUCACUGGCUUCUACGUGACUGAUAUCUUAUCCGAGCAGAAGUUCGUUUCCUUUCUGCUUCGUUCUGAAGACAUGUGCCGCUGCGGCUGUCACGGCUGGUGCACCAUCUUCCCGCUGCUGGAUGCCUGGGUGCAAGAUCUGGAGAAGCUGCAAGCAUCGCUGAAGUAUUGUGUGCUUGACAUCCAGUGCGAUUGGCCGGCUUAUUUGGAAAUCAUAGGGGGCAGAUUCUGGAAUCACAACAGCCACCCGUGUGCCCUUUGCCGUAUUUCGCAAGAUGACAUGACUGCCGACAAUGUGCACAGCAUUACCCUGGACAAUGUGGGCCACUUGGUGUACUCGUCGGAAGACUACAACAACGACAUCGGCAUGUUCACCAGGGAAAUUCUUGUGGAUACGGCGGAGAUGCUGCGAACGAUUGCCAGAAAUCUUGAAUACAGCCGACUAGAUCGUGGACGACAUCUCACUGCAGACUUGCCCCGCUACGGCCUCCGCAAGAACUGGAGACUCGAGCCCAGCCGCCGGCUUCCAGAUGUCAGCCAGCUGGAAUACCAAGAGCUUCCUCUGAGGGUGAUUUUUUGGAUUGCGCCGAGAGAUGCAAGGCUGACCCACAUGUGCCCUCUGUUUUCGCUCCAGGGGGUUACACAGGAUAGUUGGUCAAUUGAUAUUAUGCACGCCUGGCACCUCGGACCCAUGCAGCAGUUCAUAAGCCUGGCUAUGCAUAGUUUCAUUGCUUCGGGUGUGUUUUCACCCCGCAGUGUGAAUAUAGAAGCUUCAGAACUUCGAGAACUGGCCCUUUUGGCCAUCAAAGCCGAGCUCUUUCAAUUCUACAAGAACCUGAGAUCUACCGACCAAAGGUGGCGAGAGAAGGGAUCCGAGGUCUGGAACUUGACUAUGGGCAUGAUUGGAAAUGAGGAUACCUACAACUUGUCGGCAAAAGCAGCUGAGUCGCACGGUCUUCUUAGAUUCGUCCUCUGGCUGCUGCACAAGUAUGCCGAUGAAUUCGCCAAGCAGCCGGAUGAGCUGGCUCGCAAGUUCGCACUCUUGACGGCUUGUGCAGAAGCUGCCCAUGCCAUGGACGAGCUGCUGGAGUUGGAAUUCCGCCGACAGUUCACUCGACAACAUUGCCAGGCCCUGCUGCAGCUGUACCUACGCUUUUUAACGCUUUACUUGAAAGCGGGCGGUGUAUGGAGGCCGAAAUGUCAUCUUCUUGUGCACAUGAUUCAGCGGGCUCUUCACCGAGGGAAUCCGCGAUUGUACUCCACCUAUCGUGACGAAAGCUUGAAUGGGGUCAUAGCCAAGAUUGCUCGUUCUGCUCAUCGCAGCACUUGGUCGAAUGUGAUUCACUGGAAAUGCAACUUUCUUCAGCAAAAGAAGCUGGAGUGCUCGAGUGAAUGA